CCUUCUCCGCCGCCCUCUCCCUCCCCGCCACCGCCCUCACCUCCUCCACUCUCCCCCGAUCAGUCCUCCGGGGCUUCCUCACCGGCUCCCUUUUCGCUUCUCAUUACCUUUUCCAGCGCCGAUGGCUCCUCCACUUCCCCAUCAUCCAGCGUCCUCCCUUUUUCAGCUUCAAGAUGGGCGUUCCUUCCGCUGCUCGAAAAGCUUUUAAGCUUUCCUUUCUUGCUUCCGUUAUAUCCGCUGUUUUGUUGGAGCUUCUCCCGCAUCCGUUUAAGUACGCGGUCGCCACCCCAAGAUUUUUCGUGGAGCAGAUAUCCUCUCUUGCUGCCACUUUUGUUAUCUUUUUCUCCUGGGAGUUGACUCAUCAUUUGCAUUGGGUUUUGCAUACUAAGAGGUCCAUAUUUGCACCUCCAAAAGGAUCGGCGGCAGCAGAAACAAAUCCAAGUGAGCAUCUCCUUUCAGCCUUGGAGGAGACUAAUCCUACAUCGCUUCUAAGAUAUCUUGCACAUCUUGAUCUGUGCAUGGUUUGCGAGAACAAUGUUGACACUUGGAGGCGUGCUGGGUUUUUUGAAGAAACCGGUGAAACUUACAAAAGAGUAGUUGCUGUGUGCUUGAAGCCGUUGGAACACCUUGCAACUAAAUUAGGUGAAGGCUCAGGAAAUUCUGUUGACAAAGCUACUCAAUUAUCAAAUCAGCUGUUGUCCCCCACGGAUGCACGGUCCGAUUUGAAGAACGUGGAAGAACUGUACAACUUCCAGCUAUAUGCAUGGUGUUCAAGGAGUGUUGCUUCACUGACUGCCUCUUCACGUAAAGAAGACAAGUUUGGGGUUGCUCAGCUUUCCGGGAGUAACGCUGCUGUGGUUUCAACACUUCUAUCCUGCCUUCUGGCUGUUGAAAAUUUCAUGGGAAAAAAAACAAACCUGCAACCCCCAAAUCAGUUGCUGGGACCUGCUGGUAUCAAAUGGGCAACUGUGAAUAGUGGAAGGGUAGAUGUUGCAGCUGGUAAAAAAAGAAGUGGCCCAGUGAAUUCAAAAGCUUAUGCUAUAGCUGACGUUCUCAAGACUUCGAUCUACCAAAUAGUCUCUGCAUUCCAAGAUGAAAUGUCGGCUGGUGCCAAAGCAAAUCUUCUGGAGAAGGACUGGAUCAUCUCUGGGAAGCCCGUUUUUGGUACUCGGGAGAUGCUAAUACAAAAAUUACGUAUUUUUCUUGAUUUUCGAGCUACCUAACUGCCUCGUUGUAGCGUGUUUUUGAAUACUGCUUUCCUUAUUAAACAUGCUUGUAUGACAUUAUACGCCCAGGAUGUUGACAAGUGAGGAGAUGUAGAUGGAAUUGAAGGAAAAGGUUCAGUUUUGCUGUAGAAAUUCGAGAUGAACGAUAUUAAUAUCUUGAGAUUUUGAUGAAGAUACUGGCAUUGGCUGGUAAGUGAUAAUAUGAACAGAUUCGUUUUCUUAAAA